AUGACUGACAAAGGUGGGGUUUGUGUGACGGUUAUCAGUCAUGACAGUGAGAGAAGAACUUGUGUUGGCAAAAUUCCUGGAUGUGGUGGUCCUGGAUGUUACAGUAAAGAUGUGCGAUAUACUGGAGUCAGCACCGCUCAGCUAUCAGCACUCACUCGAGUCUCACAGAACUGUGAACAGUUUAUCAAAUUUGAGUGCAAUAAUGACAUAGCUUUUAUUGAGGAUAAUUUUGCUUGGUGGGUGUCACGUGGUGGAACACAGAUGAACUACUGGGGAGGAGCUACAGGUCAUGACAAGAUGUGCGCAUGCGGAGUAACAAAUUCUUGUUCGAAAGGUAAGAAGUGUAACUGUCACAACAUUGGCAGUAGCAGUGGCUGGAGAGAGGACAGCGGUUUGUUAACUGAUAAGUCUGUUCUGCCUGUGACACAAAUCAGACUCGGAGACUUGGAUGACUCAAACGAAGAAGGAUAUCACACAUUAGGAAAACUCAAAUGUUAUGGUGUGGCAUAAGGUUUCAUUGUUUCAGUUACUCAGCCACUAAACACCAUGCAGCAAGUGUAAUUACCAACAGUUGUUAUGUGAGUGGGAGGCAACUGAUCCUUUAAACAAAAAAACACUGAUCCUUCUGACAUUUUAGUUUCGUCAGCUACAUCUUAGGGACUAAGAGCUGUUAAAUACCUGAUUAUUUCUAAUUCUUAUUUUUUUUAAUGAGAUGACCGUAUAAUUUGUAUUUUUCGGAGCCUCAUACAAAGUAAGUACACAAGGCAACGGGCUAAAAAAGGUUCGGCCCUAUUGUUAAAUCUGUGUUAGCUUUCUACUUUCCUCGCAAAUUUAAUUUAACGCGACAGAUCCUGUGAACGAAAAAUACUAAUCCUUCUGACUAUUUAGUUUCAUCAGUUGUAUUUUAAUAACUGUUAAAUAAGUAGCCGCCUAUUUAUAAUUUUUGUUUUUUUUAAGAUGACCACAUAAUUUCUUUUCUUUUUCGAAGCCUCAUACUAAGAAAAUACACAAGAGGGCUCGGCCCUAUUUGCUAGAAUUAUCUUCACGGCCCUUCUACAAGUGGCAGUAUUUACCCCAGUGUAUACCAAAUCCUGUUAUGCUGAACGUUAUGUCUCUUUUACCAGUAAUAUCUUUAGCGGCAAGGCGUUUACAGAGCUCUAGAAAUGUGUGUUAGCUUUCCUCUUUCCUUGCAAAUUUAAAGUAGUAUGGAGUUCCUAGAACUGAUCAACGUUACUCGGCCAGACUUAGGGGAAAGGGGGGAAAAGGACACUGCUGCUCUGUAUCACAGAUUCUUCUCGUCUUGCUGAAAAGUCAGGACGUAACUAACUCUCUGGUGUUUUCGACGUUAUUUCUCUUCGUUGUUUGCUUCGCCGGACUGAUUCACGUCAAGAUCGAGCUGCACGCUCAUAGACAAAUGCUUCAAGUCUUGAAUCAACCAAAAGACGAAAAAGUCGUGCUGAAGAACACAGCAAAUGACGAAAAGACGAAUGAGAUAGAUAUCUUAUACCCUUACUCAUAAAAAGGUGGGUUUAAGCACAUAAAAACUAGAAGAGAAGAACGACUUUUGAUUAGAAUUAUUUACUUCAGGGCUUAAGUAACCCUAUAAAAGUUAAACUGCAAUUUCGAAGAUUAUAUCAUUUGAAAUUUGUUUACAUUUUCGUCUCCUUGUUCUUUCAUGUGUAUCUUUGAGUUUAAAGGAAGUGGCUUUUAACUAAAGCAAAAUGUUUGGAUACUUCAAUCGUCCUAGUACUUAG